AUUUUAUACACCUUCGAAACCUGAACAACGUCUUCAUCGUAUGAUAUUGGAUCCUCGUACAAAGAUAAAAAUUGAUGAAAUAAAAAAUAAUGAUAUAAAUCAAGGCAUACAUAUGGAUGAUCUUGAAACAUGUAAUAAUUUAUUUAACCAAUUAUUAUUCAAUGAAAAACAAAUCUCUUCUAUUCAUACGAUUGAUUAUCAAAUUUAUAAUGGACUUUUAUUAAACAAAUUAUUGAUAUCUCAUGAUAAUCUUCGAAAUGUUAAUCUUGUUUUACAAACUAUUGAUGAUUUAUAUAUACUACUUGAUGGACUUGUUCCAAAUGUCCAAACGACGAGGACACAUAAAUAG